AUGACAAAGAAACCAUCGAGAGUUUGUCUGUUUGAUAUUUUUCCAGGAGCACAAGGGGAAGAGGAUGGGAAUUCUUCUACUUCGCUACCAGAAUACUGCCUUGAGGCCGGAAUAUCGGGUGAUGGCUGCAUCUCCCAGGUGGUUGACGAAGCCGCCAUAAUUAUAUCAACUGUGACUGACCAGCAGAACCAGAAUGUUUCUGGAUCUGAGACACCCUGCAGUCCUGACGAUCGAGAAUCUUUGUGUUCCCUGCAUCAUAUUUCCAAGAUACUCCUUCACAUCUCUGUCAUCGUGACCAUAGCUGCCACCGCUCUGUCCAUCUGCCUCUUAUUGCAGUAUUUCUACCACCCUGCAGUCCAACAAGCCUGUCCUGAUUUUUUAGAGAAUUGUGACCAGUCUCUAAACUGCUCACUCGGAGGAAGUGCCAACCUCUGUCCUCCCAGCAGGCUUCCGAGCAACCGGACCAGCGCCACUGAAUACAGGAGCCCUGUCUUACUGCUCACAGGUCGUUCCCUGCUGCAGGUGUAUAGUGCGAACGCGGGGAAGUAUUACACCGUGUGUCACCAGGGCUGGAUGCCGACCCACGGUUGGACUGUAUGCAGAGAGCUGGGGUUUGACAGCCACACACUCUCUUCACCGGUACCGCUCACUGCCACCGACCCCACCGUCCUGGAAGCGUUUGCUGUAGUGAAUAAAACCAUUGGCUCCUCCAGUAAUAUUGAAAGUUUCCUGAGCCCGGUAGUGACCUGUCCCACUCAGGAAGGCGUUUCGCUUCAGUGUACAGAUUGUGGACGUCCUGCUGGGGAGAGUCACCGUAUUGUAGGGGGCUCACCAGCUACUUGGGGUCGCUGGCCAUGGCAGGUCAGCCUCCGUUGGGAUGGUCGCCACGUUUGUGGGGGAUCAAUCAUCUCUUCCCAGUGGGUGAUAAGUGCUGCCCACUGUUUCGUGCUUUCCAGCUUCCUAACAGUUGGAAGAUGGAAGGUCCAUGCCGGUUCGGUCUCUCUAAACCCAGCAACCUCCCAUUCCGUCCGCAACAUAUAUUAUAACGGCCAGUACAACUCCGAGACGAAUGACUAUGAUGUGGCCCUCUUGAAAACCAGCCAGCCAAUGAGAUUUUCCGAGACCCUUCGUCCUGUUUGUCUUCCUCGGACCCGCCAACAGUUCCAGACCACAGGAAAUUGCUGGAUUAGCGGCUGGGGCCAUGUGAGCGAGGGUGGUCAGCUGUCUCCUGUCCUCAGGGAAGCCAAGGUGCAUCUAAUCAGCAGCCAUAUCUGUAACCAGUCUUCCCACUAUCCGGGGAUGAUCAGCUCUCGCAUGCUGUGUGCCGGCUACCCGGACGGCAAAGUAGACUCAUGCCAGGGUGACAGUGGAGGACCCUUGGUCUGCCAGGAAGACGGUCUAUGGUGGCAGGUGGGGAUCGUAAGCUGGGGUGAGGGCUGUGGUAGACCCAACCGCCCCGGGGUCUACACUAACCUCACCGUGCUUCUAGACUGGGUCUACCAUCGGCUCCAGACAGACAGCGUGAUUCCAUAACGAUGUAAGAAGUCACCAAUGAUGAUGUCUGAAAAAGAGACUGAAA